UCAUCGCGAUUCAGUUUUAUUAGUUGCCGCUGAACAGGCGAUCGAGCAGGUUGUCUUCUUUGCUUUGGCUACAGCUUUCUUGCUUUACGCAAUUAUUUUCAGUGACUUUCAGACGCAGCGUGUGAAUUUAGUAAACAAUUCUGUUAGUGAGUUUGUUGUGAAUCAAAGCGGAACAAUGACGAGUUUUGUAAACAUACCAGAAGGAAGCGAUUUCCCAUUGGAGAAUCUACCAUACGGCGUAUUCUCAACUAAAUCGAAUCCCCGCAAACGCGUCGGUGUCGCCAUCGGCCAACAUGUGCUCGAUCUUGCUGGCGUAGCGCAACUUUAUCCACCCGAAGUACAGGAUGCACUCAACUCAGAUUCGUUGAACCUGCUAAUGAGUCUCGGUCACACAGCAUGGAAUGUGGUACGCACACGCACACGCGAGUUGCUGCUGAAGGGUUCAACACUCGAGGAGAAUCUCGUGCUGGCACAGAACGUGCUUAUUCCUCAAACUGAGAUCACGUUGCAUCUGCCUGCCAACAUCGGUGACUACACCGAUUUCUAUUCAUCCAUACAUCAUGCCACCAAUGUGGGUAUUAUGUUCCGCGGUAAGGAAAAUGCGCUGAUGCCAAAUUGGCGCCAUAUACCGGUAGGUUAUCAUGGACGCGCCAGCUCUGUAGUGGUCUCUGGCACACCGAUACACCGCCCGUUAGGUCAAACUCUACCUGUGGAUGGUCAGCCACCGGUUUUCGGCCCAUGCAAGCUGAUGGACUUUGAGUUGGAAGUCGCUUUCUUCGUUGGUGGUCCGGGAAAUCAAUUGGGUGAACGCAUUUCAGCUGAAGAUGCUUGGAAGAAUGUCUUUGGUUUUACGCUGAUGAAUGAUUGGAGCGCACGUGACAUACAGAAAUGGGAGUAUGUGCCUUUGGGUCCGUUCACUGCGAAGAAUUUGGGCACCACCAUUUCACCAUGGGUUGUGCCUGUGGCGGCUUUGGAACCUUUUUUGGUGGACAACUUCCCACAAGAACCGGAAGUGUUCCCAUAUUUGAAGCAUGAACGCCCAUUUAACUUCGAUAUAAAUUUGGAGGUUUCAUUGAAACCCGAAGGUGGCGCUGAGUCUGUGAUCAGCAAGUCGAACUACAAAUAUUUGUACUGGACUGCUCUGCAGCAGAUCGCUCAUCACACUGUUACCGGCUGCAAUGUGCGUCCCGGUGAUUUGAUGGCGUCGGGCACCAUAAGUGGUGAAACGGAAGACUCUUACGGCUCCAUGUUAGAGCUGAGCUGGCGUGGUUCGAAGACUGUGAAUUUGGAGAGCGGCGCUACCAGAAAAUUCUUGCAAGAUGGCGAUGAGCUUAUUAUUCGUGGUCACUGUGAACGCAAUGGUGUUCGUAUUGGUUUUGGUGACUGUGCCGGAAAGGUCUUACCUGUUAUACCACUUUAAAGCGUGAAUUCCUACUCAUUUACUUAAUUUGUGUUUGUAUUUUUUUAUAAAUUCUUUUUUACUAUAAAUCAUAAAUAGUAGUUAAAGAAA